UCGAACUCGUUCACAACCCCAGAUUAACAGCAGCAGUUAGUCCAGGGAACUGGUUCCUUGACCUCGCAAAUCCGACCUCCUGCCUCUUCUCAAAACCCCACGAAUUCCGCUUGAUUCCUCAUCGCCGUUCGCAACUUGAUUCCUUCACCAUCGCUGUUCUUCCUGAUCUGUGGGUGUGGCGAUGGUCUGACCUGCCGUCACGUUGAUCGGCGUAUCGAGAAAAAUCUCCGACGAUGGGCUGCGCCGGAUCGUCUCAGAGAAAGGGAGAAGAAAAUACCAAAAAGGUUCGAAGGCCUAAGUUUUGGAAGCAUCCGCAGUCGAUAACCAUGUCUGAACUUAGAAGAAUGCGUGAGGAGUUCUGGGACACUGCACCUCACUACGGCGGCCAGAAAGAGAUUUGGGAUGCUCUCCGUGUUGCUGCAGAAUCUGAUAUCAACCUCGCUCAAACCAUUGUGGAUAGUGCGGGCAUCAUCCUCGCAAAUGCAGACAUGACCAUCUGCUAUGAUGAAAGAGGAGCGAAAUAUGAAUUGCCGAAGUAUGUUUUGAGUGAGCCCACCAAUUUGAUUCCUGAUAGUUGACCAUCCUAGGAGAAGAAUUUGAAUGGGACUGAGAUGAUUGUACAUCCUCUACAUUGAUUUGUACUCCAUUUCUUUUGUUUGCUAACUAUAUUUUGAUAUUUCUCAGUAACUUUUGAAUAUUUACAACUCCUUUAGGAAACAAAUGUCUGGCAAAUAUUCUGCUUCUUUCAUUCAGCAAAUUCAAUGUUCAUACGGUAUUGCUUUGUAGCUGCUUCACAGCACUUUCUACCAAAGUUAUUUGCUCACACAAUGAAUAGGAUAUUGUGUUUUUGAACA